AGUGGCAUUCCAAGGGACCAAGAAAGGCCAUCGGUUACCGCGGGCCGGCGGCACGCGGGCAGCACGCGGUGGUGGCGGCGCCGGCCGGCGCGGCGCGCCAGUCUCGUGCUGGUGGCGGCGUGAGGGUGGUGCGCGCGCGCAGGGCGCCCGGUGACCGUUCGGUGUGCUCUCGGUGUGACCGGCACGGUGACAGGUGCAGGACGGCGGACCAGCGGACUGCGGCCGGCCGGGCCGCGAUGGCGGAGCGACCAGCCGCGCUGGGACACAGGCGGCUGCCGAGCUGACCUGCUAUGUGCCCCACGGGCUGGGGCGCGCCCGUCUGCCAUGCGCCACUCGGCGGUCACGUCAGUCCAGUCCUGUUCCUCCCCGCUGCCCAGCAGUCGUCGCUACGUGGCCGUUCAGCUACUCACGCGCCAAGUGCUGCUCUUCAGUGUCGAGACCAAGUGUCGUCUCUCCGAGCUUGCCGCCCGCGUCUGUGAUCGAAUGUGUCUCCAAGGCCUGCAGGAUCCGGCCCUGUUCGGACUGGCUAUCCCGAUCGAUGGAGAGUACGUGUUCGUGGAUCCGGACAACAAGGUGUCGAAAUACGCACCUAAGGCCUGGAAGUCAUCGAAUGAAUAUGGCCUGGACGGCUCCAACAGGCCCCUGUUGCAGUUUAGCUUCCGGGUCAAAUUCUACGUGGACAGUCACUUGUUACUGAGGGACCGCGUCAGUCGGCACCACUACUACCUCCAACUGCGAGAGAACGUGCUGGUGCACCGGCAGACGUGUGCCGUCGACACGUGUCUCCUGCUGGCCGGCUGGGCACUGCAGGCCGACAUCGGAGACUUCAGCGACACUGCUGGCACCGCCUACUUCCAGCCGGUCGAGUACUUCCCCAAAUGGGUGCUAACUAAAAUGGGCGUCGACUAUAUCCUGGAGAAGACGGCGGCGGCGCACCAGGACAACCGCUCCAUGGCGAAGACCCAGGCCGAGCUGGCCUACAUUCGCGAGGCCUCUGCCAUGGAGGCGCCUCACAACCUGCACAUCUACAGGCUGAAACGACGAAAAGCCGAGCCAACCGGCUCCGUACUGCUGGGCAUCUGCCCCAACGGCAUUGAACUGCACGAGGAGAAGAAUUUGUCUCGCAAACUGCUGGCGUCAUUCGUGUGGACCAACAUCAACAACCUGACGUUUGAGAAAAAGAAGUUCGAGAUCAGCGCCCUUACCCAGAAGUUCACCUUCUACACGGGUGAUGACGAGAAGGCUAAGCACCUGUUCCUGUUGUGCAAGGACGUUCACAUGUUCACGCAGACGCUCAAAGAACGACUGGCCGAAAUCAAACAAAACUCCUACGAAGAGAGAAGGAGCACGGGCAGUUCGCAGCACUUUCCGCCGAGUAUGUGCGCCGGCUGGGAGUACCUGAACAAGCAGGGCAGCUCGACCGACCCGCGCACCUCGGUCAUCUCCAACACGUCGUCCAACACCACAUCCGGCAUCGUCUCCGACCGCACCGCCCACAGUCUGGACGAGAGUGACGAUGAGCUCCACGUCGAGGGCCUGGCCAGGACGCAGCCGGCAGAGUCGGUGGAGAGUGGCGUGGACUCCCUGACACGGUCACGGUCCCAGCUGGGCUCCGGAUCCCUCCGCUCCUCGCAGAGGUCACCGGCAGGACACGAAGAGGACCCGAUUCCUGCGCCGCGGUGUCCCACGGAGAGCGGCUCGGUCGGACUCCGACCGGCCGCCUCGGUGCCGGUCGCGGCGGCAGCGGCCGACCAGCCCCAGCAGGGUGUCAGUCAUGGAGGUAGCGUGCGCAGCUCAGGCCCCCUGCACCCGGCCGGCGCAGUGCGCUCGCGCUUCCCGCCGGUGAAGCCACCAGCACCACCGAGUGGCCAGCCACCGGCCGGCUGUGAGCACACUCAGAAACACAUGUUCUCCUCGCCGACUAACUGCUGCAGUACCUGUGUCGAGGAGGACAACGUGUCCGUGUGCAGUGAGGAAGCCGACAGUCCCUGUGCCGCCUGCAAAACGCGUCGAAAGACCGGCAAGACGGAGCAGAGAUGCACCUGCGGUGGUGGUGGCAGCGACGGAGCCAGUAUAACCUCCGGCAGCACCCUGUACGCGCGCCAGGGCGACUCGCCACGUCACGCGGCCUCCGGCUCGGCGGUGUCGGAGAGUCUCAGCCUGCAGCACCUCUCGCAGAGCAGCAUGGCGAGCGGGGUCAGCGCCGCCAGCACGGCCGACUCGACGCGAGCCCUCGACGACGGUGACGAGACGGCCUCGCUGACGGCCGAGUCCGCCUCCGUCUACAACGGAUCGGAGGACUACGCGGACUUCUACAAGGCGGCGACGGCGGCGGAGGACAGCGGAGCCGCUGCCGGCGGUGAUGAUGAAGAGGACGACGUUGAUGCUGAUAACGUUAGCGUUCGUAGCGGUGCAUCGGCCACGUCCAACUCAAGCAGUCAGGCGGGCACUGUCGACUACAGCGCGAACUCGGCGCACACAUCGGCGGGCUCUGUGGUGACCACUCCCGGCACGUUCCCGCGACGUACCACCGUCUCCAACACGUUCGAUACAGACAGCGACUACGUGCAGGUGCCGUUCGACCGUCUUGGUCAGAUGGUGGCCGAGGUGGUCGCUCCCACCGCCGUGGCCAUGGCCACGGUGACCACAGUGACUCGCGUGGGUCUGGCGCAGUCGUGCCAGGCCACAGAGGCCACUGAGCCGCCCCCGCCGCCGGCGCCGGCGCCUGCUCAGCCCGCGGCGCCGGCGCCGGCUCCAGUACCGGACGCUGUGCGAGUGGUGUCCGUCCCAGCGGCGUCAGCGGCGCCCUCGUCUGAGGCACCGGCUCGCUUCAUCACCACCCGACCUCUGGUGACCGUGUUCCGCGCGCACGUCGCGACCGCCGUCCGACAGAGCCCGAGUUUCGCGGCGCCGACGGUGCGACCGGUCCGCCUGAGGACUGUGCCGCGCUUCGUGGGCGCCGCGCCGGCGUCGGCGACUCUCCCCAAACCCAAACCGGUACACGCGGGUGCGCCGGAGGGCCAGGAUCUGCCACCAGCGCCGCUCUUGCCAGUCAUCAGAGGUAAUAACUAUCUGGACGUGCGUGCCUCCCAGCCGCAGCUGACCGGGGCAGGUCGACUGUACGCCAACCUCGGCUCAACAGUAGCUCUGGAGGCUGGCCAGCUGUACGCUAACCUAACCGGCGCCGGUCUGGAGCGCGCCUCGUCGGCACCCAUCGAGCAGUUCGAGCGUCAGCUUCUCUCGGACGCCGACUACGUCAUCUAUCCGCUCAAGGACCCUGACAUCAGCCGUCAGGAGUACAUGGACGCCAAGGACUGCAGCAGCCUGGCGGCCAGCCUGCCACUGCCGCCGCCGCCGCCGUACCGCGCGCCCCGCGCCGGAGCGCAGACCGGCGGUCUGGCCAGUCUGUACGGCAGUCAGAGUGGUCUGUACGGCAGUCAGAGCGGUCUGUAUGGCAGCCAGAGCGGCCUGUACGGCAGCCAGGCCGGUUCCAGCGCCUCCAGCCUGUACAGCUCGCUGUACUCGGAGGGUCUGGGCAGCCUGCGCGGCCGCCUCAGCAGCCACUCACUGGCCUCCACCAUCAGCCGCUCGGGCAGCUGGGAGCCCUACUCGGAGGUGGAUGUGUACCGCGCGCUGGCGCCGCGGCCCUCCCACAGCUCAGCUGUUACACGCGCACACUCUGACGACAACCUGUUGCUGGCCGCUUCAGCCGACUUCCUGGCCACAUGCACCCUCAACGGCCGGCCGCCGCCUCCCUACUCGUCUCAGGCCAGGACUCUGCCCAGCGAACAUCCAAGCGUGUCCAGAACACUGCCCAGUGAGCAGCUGAGCGUGUCCAGAACACUGCCCAGUGAGCAGCUGAGCGUGUCCCGGACACUGCCCAGCGAACAUCCCAGCGUGUCCAGAACACUGCCCAGUGAGCAGCUGAGCGUGUCCCGGACACUGCCCAGUGAGCAGCUGAGCAUGUCCCGGACACUGCCCAGUGAGCAGCUGAGCGUGUCCCGGACACUGCCCAGUGAGCAGCUGAGCGUGUCCCGGACACUGCCCAGUCAGGCUAUGCUGCAGCGACAGUUGCAUCAACAAGAUGAGCAGCAGCAGCAGCGGCGGCGGCUUCUCCAGGAGCGAUUACUGCUACAGCAGCAGCAGCAGCAGUUACAAAUACAGCAGUAUCAGCAGAAGCUACAGCAGCAGCAGCAGCAGCACCAACAACAGAAACAGCAGCUGCAGCAACAGCAGCAACAGCAGCAGCAGCAGCAGCAGCAGCAGCAACGACAACAACAGCAGAGACAGCUGCUGCAGGCAGAUGCUGCGAACAAGGAAACGCUGCUGAAGCACCAGCAGCUGAUCCGGCGCCAUCUGCAGCAGCGCACUCAGGCAACCGCCCGUCAGCCGCAGCCGCAGCCGCAGCCGCCGGCUGCCGCUCCCGCAGUCACGACGGCGAAUCUGGGACAGACGUCAUCAGCGACCCUGCCGAACCCCAGAACCCAGGCCAGGGUGACGCCAUUGGCCACCCAGCAGCAGCGCCGGCUGCUGCUGCAGGCACAGCGGCAGCAGCAGCAGCAGCAGCAACAACAACAGCUGCUGCUGCAGCAACAGCAGCAGCAGCAACAGCAGCAACAGCUGCUGCUGCUGAGACAGCAGCAGGGUCAACAAGUGCAGCAGAGCCAGCCCGCCGCCCAGCAGGCAGCUCGCCGGCCUCAGGCCGCGGCGCCGGCGGAGGGAGAGCUGGACCUGAGCAGUCUGCGCGCCACCAGCCAGCAGCUGGAGCUGCCUCUGAUCGCCGCCCUGUUCAACGACCGGCUGCUGCGGCCGUCCGGGCCGGGCCGGCCACAGACCUGGCACGAGCCGGCCGGUCAGCGAGCGAGCGCGCUCGGCCCGGCGGCGGCCGCAGGCGACUCAGCCGAGGGCGCGUCAGCAACGCGGCCCUCGGCAGCCCCAGCUCAAAUCGCCAGUGCAAAGUCGGACGGACGGCGCCAUGCCGCGGCUCCCGCGGUGCGGUGAGCCUCGCCGGCCGAUCGCGGCCGCGCAGUGUUGUGUUUUGUGAAGUGAUUUAUCGAUGAGGUGUAGCGUUCUCGGGUAGCUGGUGACUGGGGUUGGGAUAUUGCCGUUCCUCCAGCAGCGAGGCGAGCCGUGGCAAAGCGUGGCCGUCUUCCAUCCCUCUCCCACCGAGACUGGCCUGCCUGAAGCCGGCUGCCGCCCCCCCCCUAGAUCCCCCCCCCCCACUCACAGGUGUGACACUCCGUCCAUACACUCAGGCUCGUGCAUGUGGUCUAAAACAGGGCUGAGUCCACGCAAACGGUGGCAUUUGGGACAGCGGCGCUGCACAAUCGCUCAUUGUCUUCCUGCAUUCAAAGUACUCAGUUUGUGAUCAUGUUGUCAUUCGUUCCGUUCAUGCCAUAAGACGCAUACUGCAUAUACAGCGAAUCCUGCGCAGCUGUGCAUUGUGCAUUGCAUGGAAUAGUGUGCCUCGUAUUUGUAUGCAUAUGUGGUUGAUUUGUUGUAAAGUAAAUAAAGAUGGCAACUUCCAAA